GGAGUCUAGCGGAGGAGACCUCUGAGAGGAUCAGGAAUCCGAAGGGGAGGCGUCUGAAGAGGUCACUGCUCUGACGCUUUGAGGGUACGGCGGGUGUGACUAGGAAUUUGUCCGACGGGACAGAUCUGAAGGGGGAGGCGUUAGAGGAAUAGUGAGUCUGGAGGGGCAGGUUGUCCGAGUGAGGUGUGGAAUCCGGGAAGGAAAAACAUCCGAGGAAGGAGGAGCUGUGGCUCUGACUGGAGAGGGUCGUGAGGGGCGGACAGGAGGAUGUGAGAAUUGAGGACACUGCGGGGAUGAGGUGAUCCGAGGGACAGGAAAACGAGAAGAUGCGGAGAAGAUUGUUCUUCUUGGAAUUAUUCUGCUUCCAGUUCGUCUUUUAUUGGUUGCAUUAAUUUUGUUACUGGCAUGGCCAUUUGCUGCAAUUUCAACAGCAUGCUGCCCUGAAAAGCUGACCCAUCCGAUAACUGAUUGGAGGAGGAAGAUUUCGCAUCCCGCUUUGAAGUUUCUGGGCCGCGCACUGUUCUUCUCGAUGGGAUUCAUGGUUACGGUGAAAGGGAAGAUUGCAAGCCCACUGGAAGCGCCCAUUUUUGUUGUUGCCCCUCAUUCCACGUUCUUUGAUGGAAUUGCCUGUGUUGUAGCCGGCCUGCCUUCUAUGGUGUCGCGCAACGAGAAUGCACAGACCCCUCUCAUUGGCAGACUGUUACGGGCUGUGCAGCCGGUUUUGGUGUCCCGUGUUGACCCGGACUCCCGAAAAAAUACAAUAAAUGAAAUAAGAAAGCGAGCGACGUCGGGAGGGGAAUGGCCGCAGAUACUAGUUUUCCCAGAAGGUACUUGUACUAAUCGCUCCUGUUUGAUUACUUUUAAACCAGGAGCCUUCAUCCCAGGAGUGCCAGUACAGCCCAUCCUCCUCAGAUACCCAAACAAGCUGGAUACUGUGACCUGGACAUGGCAAGGAUAUACAUUCAUCCAGCUGUGUGUGCUCACUUUCUGUCAGCUCUUCACAAAGGUGGAAGUUGAGUUUAUGCCUGUUCAAGCGCCAAGUGAUGAAGAAAAGAACGAUCCUGUUCUUUUUGCCAGUAGAAUUCGGAAUUUAAUGGCAGAAGCUUUGGGAAUACCAGUAACGGACCAUACCUACGAAGACUGCAGGCUGAUGAUCUCAGCGGGACAGCUAACGCUGCCUAUGGAGGCUGGGCUGGUAGAAUUUACUAAGAUUAGCCGGAAACUCAAGUUGGACUGGGACAGCAUUCGUAAGCAGUUGGACGAAUUUGCAUCUAUUGCCAGUUCCUCAAAAGGAGGCAGAAUUGGAAUUGAAGAGUUUGCAGAAUAUUUAAAGUUACCUGUUUCAGAUGUCUUAAGACAACUCUUUGCACUCUUUGACAGGAAUAAUGAUGGCAGUAUUGACUUCCGAGAGUAUGUGAUCGGCCUGUCUGUCUUGUGCAACCCUGCCAACACAGAGGAGAUUAUCCAGGUGGCAUUUAAGCUCUUUGACGUUGAUGAGGACGGCUACAUAACAGAGGAGGAGUUUUGCACCAUUCUGCAGGCUUCUCUUGGAGUGCCUGACCUUGAUGUUUCUGGUCUCUUCAGGGAAAUUUCCCAGGGGGACUCAGUCUCCUACGAGGAAUUCAAAAGUUUUGCCCUAAAGCACCCAGAAUAUGCCAAGAUAUUUACGACAUACUUAGAUCUCCAGACAAGCCAUGUAUUUUCGUUGCCGGAUGAAGUACAGACAGCUCCCUCUCUGGCUAGUAAUAAAGUCAGCCCCGAGAACCAUGAGGAGGGCAUCUCGGACAAAAAGGUUGACUGAAUGUGACAGUGUUCCCAGUGAGAACAGGUGACCUGGGAAAGGUGUUUAUUGAUAACCUUGUAAACGUGCUUAUCAACUACUGUUGUCCAAAAUAGAGAGCUCUUUUUUACUAAAAUGGUAUAUUUUCCUCCUAAAAUGUUUUUAUUAACCUGCAUAUAUCAAGUAAGCUCCUUUUGUUUUAUAUUGUGCUUUACUGGUUGUGUUAACUGGUGAUAAAGUGCUGUAUAUUUUUAUGGAUUUUUCAUAAUAAAUAAAUUCAUUGGUCUCACUCUGUA